UUGUCAACAUCAAGUUGGAUGGCUCCAAUUAUUCUCUUUGGCGAGUUCAAGUCGAGAACGUUAUGGAUGCAAAUGGCUUCUAUAGUUACCUCGAUGGAUCUAUUGCCGUUCCCGCACCUCAGACUCGUAAUGCCGAAGACUCAGCAAACAGCUCUCCAAGAAGGUGUAUUAGUUGGAAAUGGACAUACACUGCCUGUCACUCACACUAGUCAAGGGCUUCUCCCUAUUCCUCAAGAGGGGGGCGGCCAGCACUCGGGGCCAUGGAGGUCCAGCGAGCUCGCUUGAGUUGUACAGGAGCUUGCCCGAGCGAGUCAAGGCCUUGGUUGACGCGGCGGGGUUCCGGCCGUUUAUCCUCACGCUGACGGCCGUGAAGAGCGACCACGCUUUGUUGACAGCGCUGGCCGAAAGGUGGUGGGAUUCCUCGAACACCUUUCACUUGCCGAUUGGGGAGAUGACAGUGACUCCGUCUGACUUUGCAGCGCUCACUGGCCUGAGGGUAGGGGGAGAGCCUAUCCCGCUCGACUCAGAGAUUCACAGGGAUCCCGAGGCUCUGGCAUGGUUUUUGGGGCAGGCGCCGGCGGGUGAGGCGGAGACCGUCCAUUAUGACCAGUUCAAACGGUAUUUGCAUGGGAGAGAGCCGGAGUCAGACUUGGAGGCGGAACAGAUGGCGAGGGCCUACUUGCUGUACUUGUUCGGGGCUACAUUGUACCCGAACAAGCGAUCCACGAUGCACCUAUCCUACUUGCCGGCUCUCUAUGACUUAAGCGCAGCCUCGAGGUUUGACUGGGGAAGAGCAGCCCUGGGCACCUGCUAUGGCUUUAUAGGGGCGUUCUCUCGUGGAAAGAAGGCGACGGCCGGCUACUGGAGGGUGUGGGAGCUGUGGGCCUAUGAGGUGCUGAAGAUGUACCCGCCGGAGAAUAAGUGCCCGAACCUGAGGAUGCUCCCUCGUGCCAUGAUCUGGGGUCCCAUGUACAGCGGCAAGAAGAAGUCGAGAGGGAGCCUCCUAGCCUUCCAGUCGUACCUGGACGAGCUGUCGGGUACUCAGGUAGAUUGGAACUCGUGGAGUAGCGCCGAGCCUGAGCCUGAGUACCUAGCACAGAGCAGGGUGGUGACGGCGAGCCGGGUGCUGUUGGAGUCCGCUUUCGGGUGGCGGUGGUACCUGGGUGACCGGGUGGCACGGCAGUCACUGGGCUCUCUUGAGUACCAGGUGCCUGGGCCACUGCCGCCUCACGCUUCUCAUACAGACAAGUACACGCUGGCCGAGCUAAGGCGUUUCACUGUUCCGGCCGGGCUUGCUGCUUUUCUGAGGCCUGGGCGCGACUAUGCUGUCUACCGGAGGCAGCGCUUGGCUAGGCCGCUUGGAGUGCUGGAGCAUGUUGCCGUGCAGAGCGAGGCGCUUGAGGCUGGCGAGGAGAGGCGGAGCCGAGAGAGCGAGGCAGCUCGCCCGAGAGAGAGGAGCGACUAUGCUACAGCGACCGGGCUGCCUCGGCUGUCUUGGGCCCUAGCUGUGCGGGACGCCAAAGGAGAGGAGGCCGUAGUUCAGUUCGAGCCUGCCAGGACAGACCCAGCAGAGAUCACAGGGUCGGCUCCGAUAGAAUGGGUACGGGAGGCAGCUCUCCUGAUGAAGGCCAUGGAGAAAGAGUUCCACAGGAUAGCUGACGGCGCCCCUUUGCAGUUGCAGUACCCACCACCAGCUCUAGCUCCCGUUGAGCAGCCUCAGGGACAUGCUAGGGCGGCUCCUAGGAGGAAAAGCGUGCGGCCUCCCCCAGCAAAGAAGGCAGCUUCGAGCUCCUCCCGGCCAGCGGUAAGGGUGGAACGGGGAGUGCAAAUCACUCUGGCCAGCGAGGAGCUCCAGUUCCGUCGGGAGCUGAGGAAGAGGCCUGCAGAGAAGAGGCCUGCCGAGGGACCCUCGCAGAAGAAAAGGAGAGAAGAGGAAGAGGCAGAGGAAGAAGAGGAAGAGGGGACGUCCCUCAGCAGCGACUCUGACUCAGCGAGCGACCCCCGGUUCCGGAUAGACCCUCGAGAGGUAGAGGAUAGCGAGGAAGACGACGACGAGGAGGACCUUUUUGACGACUGAGGGCUGCCACCGAGCCUUAGUUUGUUUUGCCAUAUACUUUGAUGUUCUGAGUAGAUACUUUGAUACUUGGUGUUUUUGAUUGGGCCUGCGUGCCUCUUGACUCUGUGGGUGAGUGUGCCCUGAUACUUUUAGUCCUACCCGGGCCGUUGUGCCGCUUUGAUUGUUGAUACAUUUCUACCGUUACACUUGGACACAGUCGUAUAUAACAUAAGCAUUUUCUGUUU